UCCCAACGGGGAUGAUAUUAGUGAUGAAGAUUGGGAAAAAUUUGUUGUUGAAAGGGCAUCUACAACGUUUCAUCCAUGUGGAACAGUAAAAAUGGCUCCAGAAUCUAAAGAUGGAGUAGUUAAUCAUCGACUUCAAGUUUAUGGUACGAAAAAUUUUCGAGUUGUUGACGCUUCGAUAUUUCCUUAUAUUCCAAGCGGAAACACUAAUGCUCCCACAGCUAUGGUUGCUUGGAAAGCGA